CACCGAAAUAGAAUCAUUCAGAACAGCGGUGGCACACAUCACUGUGUCCGUAUUCCGUUACAUUUCAUUAAAAAAAUUUGUUGUUUUUUUUUUUAAAACACUCAGACGAUUUUUAGUCUUCCAUACAAGAACACGUUGGCUAUUCUUUGUUUUAAGAACACACUGUGCUACUGAGAUCAACUGAGACCGUGUUGACAUUAGAGGAUCACGUUCAGAGUUCAUUGAAGGCUUGAUUGUCCUAGAUAGAUGUUUGGUUUUCUUGCACAUUUAAUGUGUUAGUUUUGUUUUUCCUAGUGAAGUGUGUGUCCGAGAUUUAGUAAGAAAAACUUUCUCUGUGGAGCAAUUUAAAAAAAAAAUCUUAAUAUUAUAAAAGUCUAAACUAAACAUGAAGCUGAGCGUUCGUGUACGUGGCGAUUGGUUCGCAGUUCCUUGCAAGGGAUCAGACACCAUCCGAUGGCUGGGAGAGGAGACCCUGAGGAGGUACUACAAGCAGAGGGGGAGCUCGGGACGCACCGCAGAGAAGGUGCAUGAAGUGAGGAAAGCCAAGGGCGGCGCCCUGUUAGACUUCGACGAUGCCAUUAAGGAUGUUAUCGACGAUAAUGACUUCAUCACUGUGGGUAAGUUCCUCCAGGUCAGCAAUUCCCGCGGACUGAAACGCAAUGUUUGAAGUGGUUAAAUAGGUCACCAAGGGGAGUUAUGAUAUUCUCAUUACCUAUACUCUUAUUUGAAAAUCAAUCGCAAUAUUUUCAUCCUGAAUUGAGCCCAAAUAUUAAUUUUUGUCUUAAAGAGAAUUGCAAUCGUAUUUUGUCAUGCUUAUGAGUAGGUAGCGCGGAUUAAUCUAAAUGUAAAGUAUGUCCAUCACUUUAGGAGUAAGUAGUGCGGAUUAAUCUCAAUGUAAAGUAGGUCCAUCACUUUAGGAGUAGGUAGCGCGGAUUAAUCUAAAUGUAAAGUAGGUCCAUCACUUUAGGAGUAGGUAGCGCGGAUUAAUCUAAAUGUAAAGUAGGUCCAUCACUAUAAUCCUGCGGCAUUUAUGGGCCCAGUGACAAAAGAUCCCUGUUGAUGGCUGCGAUAUGCUGACGUAAUGUAGAGUAGUGACGUCAUCUCUGACAUAUCCAAUACAUAUGUAGAGUAAUCACGUUAUCUCUGACAAAUCAAAUACAUGUGUAGAGUAGUGACGUCAUCUCUGGCAUAUCCAAUACAUGUGUGGAGUAGUGACGUCAUCUCUGACAUAUUCAAUACAUUACAAGUUGUAGAAUUAAGGGGGGAAAGUUGUAAGAUAAAGCAGCCCACCAUCCAACAAUUUUUGUUAUAGAUUUGUUAUCAUGUGUGGGGGUGGGGGUGGGAGGGUUGUUUUAGAUAAUGUCGUCCUUUGAUGACAGCCGAAGGGAAAGGAAGGAUUAAGUUCAGAGUAAGUGUAGGCGUACCAUAAUUUUUAGGGAAAGGUGGGGGAGGGGGGGUGGGCCACACUAUUUGUGAUUCUUAUGAAGCGCGUUAUUUGUAUGUCCCAUUUUUAGCCCCGCCCCCAAUUGCUCGAUAUUACAGUUUAUAAGGGAUUUAUACGAACAACUUUGUUUUGAGGGUUUGUUUCAUUCGAUCCUUCAGAUUAACUCCACUGCUGUUCGUGGGUUAGCCGGGACCGGCCGGCCGGCUGGAAAAGUCUUCGGACAUUUAGCUGAACAACUGCCCGUCAUCCCAUCGAACUGAAACUUGAAGCAUAGACUUGUUGCCGAUGACAAAAAAAAUUAUAUCAACAUUUCACCCCCCCCCCCCACCCCACCCCCCAACCCGAAAAAACAGUUUCCCCCCCCCCCCCUCUGUUUUUCAAGAGGAAGAUGAAGGAAAUAAUGAUGCCACCUAUUCCACGAAAAAAAAAAAUUCCCUAUAACUGCGCUCAAUGAGAGUCUUUAAAAAUAUCACAAGUGCGAUUAAUGCGUAAUAUUUUCUUUUUUGCUUUUCUUAAAUAGUUGCUGUAAUAAAUCAUCUGUGUAGAGGUGGGUUGGAAAUUUGAGUAUUAAAAACCACAAACAAAAUUGCCUUUUAUCGUGGGGACCCAACGUCAAUCUCGCCCAUGGACUGGAGAUUCCUGUCACACUAACUAAGAGGAUAUCACAAACUGUCUACGACAAAAUAGGGUUUUAGAAAUAGGGUAUCACAAAUAGUGAAUAACAAAUAUGGAAUAACACAUAGGGAAUAACAAAUAGAGAAUAACAAAUAGGGAAUAAAAAAUAGGGAAUAACAAAUACCAUGUGGUUCACGCACAAUCAUUUUUUUUUCAAAAAUCACCGCUAGACAUGUUUUGAACCCACUGUUGAAGAUUUCCCUCCACGGCCGGCAAUUCAUGAUUAGUUUAUUUAUUUGAUGUGCCUAUUAAAGAGUGUUAGGUAGCACAAAACCGAUACACAUUUUAGAAAGCAGAGUUAAUUGGAGUUACAAUUAUUUUGUUUCUACUUUCAUGAACAUUUGGGUACUACAAGAACUCGAUCUAUUUACAGUUGAGUUACAUCCCUUCAGAAACGAUGGUGCUUCCGUAGAUCAUAGAUUUAAUUUUAUUUAAAUGAUGUAGAAAACAUUUAGAUAGAGCAAGUAUACGAGCUUUCAAAAAUAGGAGCAUGUGUGGGAAAUUGGUGUUUACAUUGAUUCGUUUAGAAAAGCGAUUCUCAACCUGUGGGUCGCGACCCCUUUGGGGGUCGAAAGACCCUUACACAGGGGUCGCCUAAGACCAUCGAAAAACACAUACUUAUGAAAUAGCAACGAAAAUAAUUUAUUGUUGGGGGUCACCACAACUUGAAGGGUCUGUAUUGAAGGGUCGCGGCAUUAUGAAAGUUGAGAACCGCUUGUCUAGAACAAGACGCGUGCAAAUGAUUUGUAUUCCUUUGUUAAGAAUAGAUUACAUUCGGGAAUAACUCCACUUAUUAAUAGAUAAUAAAAUGACGUAGAUAUAUUUUGUACCGUUUAAUUUUUUUCGGUCCAUAUUAUUUAAGUUACUUAGAAAUUAUAUUAAAUUAGAAGUGAUCAAAUCUUCCCGCAGCUUGAGAACCCUUGUACCAUUGAAUGUUCUUUCGAUGCUUUAAUAAAUGACUAUUUUGUUACUCCAAUGCUGACCCCAGUGCUGGACAGCGACAUUUCCAGUCCGAUGUCGUUGCCUGCUGAGAUUGUCUAUGUUGAAGAGAAAGUGUAUCCUUUGAAGACUUUAAACUGUUGAGCAUGUAGAAUGGGGAAUGUUGACAAUGACAAUCAAGAAAUUAAGCCAUUACCUUGAAAAUUCGCCAAAAAUUGUUUUGUAAAAACUCACCUAUAAUAUUUUAUUUGCACACAUUUUUGCGGGUCUUAUUGAUCUAACCUAAAUGCUCCGCCGGAACCUCUUUUUAUUUAUAAAAUAGUAACAACCUAAUAAAUGUGUAUAAAUACAUCAUCGGCGGGUAUGUAAAACAAAAGCCAGGCAUUACAAAUUAAAUAGUGAGGGAUACUGUAUGUAAUGUGAAAGCAACAUAUAGAAGAUUUUUUUAACACUCAAAUCACAAGUCAUUCAUGUAAAAAUGCAUUUCAUAUGUGCAUCUGAUUAUAGUUAAGAGGUUUUUUAUUUAUAAAUAAAAUAUUAGUGAAUUCUAAUUAAAUUUCGAAGUGUUUCACUUAAGAUCAGAAGUCGCCUUCAGUGGUUGAAUUGGUCCUACCGAGUUUUUUCAAUCUUUGUGAAGUUUUCCUUAACCAAGAGUUCCACAGACCCAGUGAGGUCGUGGAUCACGGCGUUGAGAAGGAGGUAAAUGAAUUCAAUGGUAACAUGUAUUAAUAAUGAUAUGACAGGGUACGUUGUUUGUACCUUUUAACCUUUUAACCUUUUAACAGCCUUAGCUCACCCAUUUGUUCAGUCAAUCGUGACCACCCCUGAGAGCAAUCAAUCGUGACCACCACCAGGAAUGUAUUAAUUAUAUUGCUUUAAUUUGAUAUACAUUUUAUUUGAUUAAUAUAAGCAACGGAUAAAGUUAAUAUAUCUGUGACAUUUAGUGAAACAUCAAGUGAAUAAUUUUGAAACCAAUAAAGUAAAUUUAAGAUGAGCAUUUUUGACCUCAAGGAUGCCUCAAUCAUCCACCUGUACAAACACAAAGGUUAGCGCCAGACAUGCGACAAUCACCGCGGAAUUUCACUACUGUCCAUUGCAGGCAAGAUCUUGGCCCGAGCCCUUCUGAACCGCCUGAAUGCACAUCUGGAGCUAGGUCUCCUACCCGAAAGUCAAUGCGGUUUCCGGAAAAAACGCGGAACCAUCGAUAUGGUGUUUGCUGCUAGACAGCUUCAAGAGAAAUGCCAGGAACAAAAUACAGACCUAUAUACUACAUUUAUCGACUUGAAUAAGGCCUUUGACAGGGUCAAUAGAGCUGGCUUGUGGAAAAUCAUGAAGAAAUACGGAUGCCCAGACAAGUUCACAAACAUCAUCCGUCAGCUGCAUGAUGGUAUGAUGGCCCGAGUACAGGACAACGGUCAAUCAUCUCCAGCAUUCCCCGUCACAAACGGUGUAAAACAGGGUUGUGUUCUUGCUCCCACACUCUUCAGUAUUAUGUAUUCCGCAAUGCUGUCUGAUGCGUUCAAGGACUCCACCAUGGGCUUGCCAAUCCGGUUUCGUACUGAUGGAUCAGUAUUUAACCUUAGGAGGCUUCAAGCUAAAACCAAGGUCAAACAUACCACGAUCAACGAGCUUCUGUUUGCAGACGAUUGUGCCCUUAAUGCUCCAUCAGAAGCCGUCAUGCAACACAGUGUUGAUAUCUUCUCAGAGGCCUGCAAUAACUUUGGCCUCACAAUCAACACAAAGAAGACUGAGGUGAUGUAUCAGCCAGCUCCCAGUAAGCCCUACGUUGAACCCAACAUCAUCAUCAGUGGACAGCGUCUCAACCCGGUGGAUAAAUUUACUUACUUGGGCAGCACCCUCUCUAGAUCUGUCGUCAUGGAUGAUGAAAUGAAUGGCAGACUCGCAAAAGCUAGUGCCCUAUUUGGCAGGCUCCGCAGCACUGUUUGGGAUAGGAGAGGUAUCAGUCGAGAAACAAAGCUCAAGGUCUAUAGCGCAGCAGUCCUCCCGACACUGCUUUAUGGAUGUGAAACGUGGACUGUCUACCAGCGUCACGCCAAGAAACUGAAUCAUUUUCACACUACCUGCCUCAGGAAACUCCUCGACAUCAGGUGGCAAGACAAAGUCCCCGACACCGAGGUCCUCGCUAGAGCGAACCUACCUAGUAUCUUCACCACUCUGAUGCAGUCUCAGCUCCGUUGGAUGGGACACGUAGCCCGUAUGGCAGACCACCGGCUCCCGAAACAAAUAUUCUUUGGAGAACUCACGAUAGGCAAGCGCUCCCAAGGAGGCCAAAGAAAGCGUUACAAAGACUCACUGAAAGUGGCACUAAAGGCCUUCAGCAUAAACACUACUCAAUGGGUGCAGACAGCCCAGGACAGAGCCAGAUGGAGAGCUGCUGUCAAGAAGGGGGCUAAAUCCCAUGAAGCUAAGAGAAUAACCACAGCUGAGACACGCAGGCUUGUCCGAAAGAGCAACAUUAGGUCAUCGCCUGAAGCAACUAUUCCAUGCCCACGGUGUCAUAGAUUAUUCCGAGCAAGUAUCGGUCUAACAAGCCACCUAAGAGCUCACCGUAAUCCACCCCUGCCCGCCCCUAACUGGAUGAUUCGAUGGUCCUUGUCGACUUCGACGGACGAACAACAACAAAUAUAAUUUACACAGCUAGAACUCAGAUCUGAUCAGACACGACCAGACGUGGUCUGUGAUGGUUCUAGACACAAACAAGAUAACCUUUGACCUAGGCGAAAUAGUGGUGUUUCAUUUGCCAUGUCAAAUAUUUCUUUGGACAAAAUUUAAACAAACGUUAAUAAAGGGAAGGAACUUUAUUACGUUUAACUUUUAAUCAUUAUUCCAGUUACAUAACUUGUAAGUUAACCUGUCUUGACUUGGUGAUUCCCAAAUUUUACAGAUUAUCGGCGCCGUUGUUGAAUCCAGGUUAAACUAGCUGUAACAAGUACACUGUGAAAUAGCGAUUAUUACGUUUGUAUUUGAAGGAUGUUUUUGAAACCUAAUUAACGCGUGUUUAGUACCACACCAAUUUUUAAACAAAUUUAACUCAUUGUAAUUAGUGGGACGGAAGAGCUCGUUCUCGUUGAGGAACACUACAAGCCACAGUCACCAUCAUGGACACAUCCAGCCUCAAACUGGACACAGUCACCAUCAUGGACACAUCCAGCCUCAAACUGGACACAGCCACCCUCGUGGACACAACCAGCCUCAAACUGGACACAGUCACCAUCAUGGACACAUCCAGCCUCAAACUGGACACAGUCACCAGCAUGGACACAUCCAGCCUCAAACUGGACACAGCCACCCUCGUGGACACAACCAGCCUCAAACUAGAUACACUCACCAUCAUGGACACAUCCAGCCUCAAACUGGACACAGUCACUAUCAUGGGCACAUCCAGUUCAAACUGGACACAGUCACCCUCGUGGACACAACCAGCCUCAAACUGGACACAGUCUCCAGUUAUUAAAACAAAUCAUCUUCAAACUGGACAUAGUCACCCUCAUAGACACUGCCCCCUUAAAAACGUACACGGUCAUCCUCAAACUGGACACAGACAUCCUCAAACUGGGCACAGCCAUCCUCGAAAUGGAUACAGUCAUCCUCAAACUGGACACAGUGAACCUUUAUUUACUUCCCACCAUUAACGUUGACAAAGUACACAGCUUUCAUCGCAGCGACCGCUGAGAUAACAAUCAGCUUCCCAACAAAUAAUAAGUCUCCAAUGGAAUUAAAAACUCUCUGGGUUAUAUUUGGGGAUAGUCAUCUUUUACAGAUAUCCUAAGUUCAGUUAAUUCAACGCUGCUCACUUGUUUUACAGCUUGGUCUCAAUAAGAUGCAUUCCUCUGCGGCAGUAAAUUCAGACGUACCUCUGAAGAUACUUUCCUUUUCUGUACAAUCAAUGAUCAUAUCAUUUCAAAACCACUAAACGCUCCUGCAAAUGGUUACGUAUAAAGUCAGCCACGGAUUUUCACUAGGUCAAUUGAUACUGUAUUGGAAUAGGAAAGAAAUAAUGAAAACCGAUUAAUACUUUGCAGGGUUUCUAAUGAAUCCGUGGCUCCCCAAGGUCAUGCGGAGUAUGGUUUGAGAACUACUUGAAUCUUAGUAAUAAUGAUUUAAAAAGGGUUGUCUGAUUGAAUAUUAUAGAAUGUACCUGUUCUUUUCUUUUCUACCCUUUCAGCUGCUGGCACUGGACGGUGACAGCCUAUCGACGGAUGAUUUAAUUCGUCUUGGUAAAGGUCUUUACAACAUAACUGUGAGUCGUCAGCGUUUAGAGACAAGUUUGAAUGUUUAGAAGCUAGUGGGUGCUGGCGGGCCACAUGCGGCCCGCGGGCCGUACGGUGUGCAAGCCUGGUUUAGAUGAAUCUUUCAUGCAUCUUUUUAAAUGGGGAUUAAUAUUAAUUCUAGGAUCACACUUUGUAUUGUAAAUAGCAACUUAUUAUGGUGGUUGGUUGUUUGGUGGGUUGGUUGUUUGGUGGGUUGGUUGUUUGGUGGGUUGGUUGUUUGGUGGGUUGGUUGUUUGGUGGGUUGGUUGUUUGGUGGGUUGGUUGUUUGGUGGGUUGGUUGUUUGGUAGGUUGGUUGUUUGGUGGGUUGGUUGUUUGGUGGGUUGGUUGUUUGGUGGGUUAUUGUUUUUUUAUUGAAGUUGGGGGGCUGUUAGGGUGGGUUUUCUUUUCAAAUCCCCAAUUUUUCAUAACUGAAAUGAGAAUGCCAUGAGUUUGCCACGAGUAUGUCAUGAGUAUGAUAUGAUUAUGUCAAAAGUUUUCCAUAAGUAGACAUGCUACCAUUACUCCGAGCACAUUGUUUCUACAAUGUUUGUCUAGCCUUUUCUGCUCUUCAUAAAUGUGUUACCAAAGAAUUUCCAUUUAAUUAUUCAAACAUAUCUAACUGUAGAUAUUCGAUCCAGUAGAUUUCAACAUUUUUUGUUGUUGUUCCUAUUAUACUAUCGUACUUAGGAAAAGAACUUACACGCUCAGUGACUGGUUGUUCCUGUUAUACUUUCCUACUGAAGGAAAUAACUAACACAUACGGUAUCUAAUGACUUGCAAAACUGAUAAGACUUUCAUAUAUGAUGGUGUUGUAAGUCUCGAUUAUUUUGUUCUAACUAUGAUUAGAUUAUAAUUUUUGCUAAUACAUUUAGCUGACAGCUGAUGCGGAACAGAAAGUGUUGAAGUCACGUGCUCUGGUCGAUGAAAUUCUGGCCAGCAACAAAGGUCAGUGCAACAUCCAGAUUUGAUCACUAUUAAGUUCUUAUGAUUUGAUUUAUUCAAAUAUCAACUUCAUUAUUUCGUGAUUUGCCAGGGAAUCUUGAGGGCAAUCACUGAUAUGGCAUUUAUGUGUCGGAAUACAGUAACGCCUCUUCCUGGAGAUAUUUUUAAAAAUCUAGAAUAUUACACAACAAACCGCAUAGUUUGAAAAAUACAAAUUUUCAUAGUCAAAUCACGUAUUAUAGUUUUGCUGGGACCUGACUUGUAUUUUUAAAGGCAUUUUAAUCUACUUGAUACAGCAUACUUUUUUUUUGUUUACACAUGUGACUGUUUCGCUAGGGUGAUCGUGUUUCAUGGCGUCUGUUUCAUUCAGUGAAAGGCGGUUUGUAGGUAUUUGGGGAGGCCUGUCUAUGGAGGUUUUAGAUGCAGGGCCAAUGGUAAUAAUUCUAAUUGUGUUGUUACUUCAAAAGCAAAAAUUUUAAUACUCAAAAGAAGAAAAUACCCCCAAAAAAAAUAUUAAUAUAAAAAAAGUAAGACGUUUUACCCAAGACGAAAUUAAACGCUGGGUGGCCGAGCUGGGUGGCCGAGCUGGGUGGCCGAGCUGGGUGGCCGAGCUGGGUGGCCGAGCUGGGUGGCCGAGCUGGGUGGCCGAGCUGGGUGGCCGAGCGGUCUAAACUGUCUCAAACCAGUGGCGCCAGUGGUCCGGAGUUCAAUCCCCAUUAAAGCCAACAUCCCUAGCACCCCGGGUGGAUGGGACUCGCUAGCCUUGGACGGCAACCCAUCUAAGAGAAGGCAAACUCUGAAUUAAAACCAGGAGCCAUAAUGAUCAACAAAUUGAUCGUGGGCCCCUCAAAUAUAAGAAGAAGAAACGCAGCUGAAAGUAAAAAAUAAAAAUAAUUUAAAAUUUCGUAAAAUGCAUUACGCAGUUUCACUUCGAAUGUCAAAUUCACAGCAUGAGAUUAACUAUCAAAUUUAAAAAGACAAAAUUUGCGCUUCGUUCUUGGAAGUAUUUCAUUAUAGAGUAUAGCAAUUAACUUUUUUCUAUUUCCUGUUUCAACUUCACAGUCGUGUAUGGCAUAACAACCGGCUUUGGAAAGUUUGCAAGGACAGUUAUCGAAAAGGAUAAGCUGGUGUGAGUUAACUGUGGACAUAGUGAUUCAAAUAGAUUAAUGUAUAAAUCAGUGAAGAUAGUGAUUUAAAUAGACUAAUGUAUAUAAAUUAGUGUAGAUGGUGAUUUAAAUAGACUAAGGAAAAUAAAUCAUUAGUUUCCAGCCGCCCCGUCCCUUCCCCCACUAUCAUUACUCCAAAACAUUAUUAACUUAUAAAACAUAGGGUAGGCUUAAGGGCUCCCUUAUGAAAAGUGAGUCUAAAAGGGGCUCAUCCAGUAAAAAAAGUUUGGGACCCACUGGUAUAAAAGAUUAGAGACAACAAAAAAAAAUAAGUAUCAAAACGUGUCUUUAAAUAACUCAAUGCGUGGCCAGUGUUUUUAUUGCGAUACUUUAAUGCAACAAUUUUCCUGCAGUUAGUGUUCUUCUAUAAAAGAAUGUUGUUUCCUAGAAUGUAACCAUCAGAGAGAUGCCAGAGUCACUGUUUAAAACCGUGUGUGUCGCUCGACGGAAAGCAGUUUAACUGAGUGCUCAAGUAAAAUAGAAAUUAUAAUUAAAUUUGAACUAGUGGUGUAAUUAAUUGCUGACAGAAUGGCUUAUAUUUCAAAAUAUUAUUUUUUUUUUAAGUGAGCUGCAAGAAAAUCUCAUCAGAUCCCAUGCUGCAGGUUAGGAUUUGUGAUACACAUCAAUUGUUUCAAACAUUAACGUUUUGUCAAUCUUGUAGGACAAAACUAAAGACAAUAAUAUACUAAUAAAACACUUAGUGUUAAUUAUAGAUCGGUAAUAUUCCAUAACAUAUUGUAUUUGUAACGACAAAAUAAUAUUUUUUUUUUUUUACAAACAGUACUUUAGUUAAGACUAUCAAAAAAUUUAAGUGAGAUCUUUAAAAAAAAAAAAAAAAAAGAGGCAUCAUAAGCAUUUAAUUAAAAUAGAAUAAAAAAAAAAAAAGAAAAGAUGCAUCAUUAGCAUUUUAUUAGACUAGGUUAAAAAAAAAAGGGAAAUGUGCAAACAUGAUACUCUAUGUGCCGGAGUAAAGAUUGAUGAGAGAUAAAGUGCAUUCUUUCACCAGGUGUGGGGUCAGCUCUUCCCCCUGAGAGAACCAAGAUGUUGCUGGCCUUGAGGAUCAACGUCCUUGCCAAGGGAUACAGUGGAAUCUCACUUGAAACACUAAAGAAACUCAUCGCGGCUUUCAAUGGUAAAUAAGGGGGGGGGGAGUACAGAUGGUGGUACAAAUUGUGGUAUAAAUAGGGUAAAAAGGGGGGUACAAAUGGGGGUUACAAAUUGGGGUACACAGGUGGGCAGUAGGUAGUGAGAAAAUAGAGAUUUGUACUAGAAAAAGAAACAUGACCUAACAAAUUAUGGACUGUUCUGUCAUAAUUUUUGUCACUAAUCCUUGACACAAGAGAUGACUUAUUGACGGUUGCAGUGCUAGACGCAGAAGUUUUAACAUUGAAUCUAUCCAGGGAUUUGGAGCAGGCUUUUUGGUCAAGCUUAGCUCCGGACAAAUAUUUUUCAGUUCAAUCUCUGACCCAAGCUCCGGAAAAAUUAAACAGGUAGGAGGGGUGCUUGAGAGGAAACAUAACUGGUAGAAGAUUCGGGGGCAACAUAGCUGGUAGAAGAUUCGGGGCAACAUAGCUAGUAGAAGAAUCGGGGCAACAUAGCUGGUAGAAGAAUCGGGGCAACAUAGCUGGUAGAAGAUUCGGGGCAACAUAGCUAGUAGAAGAUUCGGGGUAACAUAGCGAGUAGAAGAAUCGGGGCAACAUAGCUGGUAGAAGAUUCGGGGCAACAUAGCUAGUAGAAGAAUCGGGGCAACAUAGCUAGUAGAAGAAUCGGGGCAACAUAGCUGGUAGAAGAAUCGGGGCAACAUAGCUGGUAGAAGAGUCGGGGGCAACAUAACUGGUAGAAGAAUCGGAGCAACAUAGCUGGUAGAAGAGUUGGGGCAAAAUUUAUAGAGAUAAUUUUCUCUAAGGAAUUCAACCAUUUAAAGCAUCUGCUUGUUUUUUUAAUCUUUGCUAUUGUAGAUGAAACAUUUUUAUUCUGUAAAAGUUGAGGAUUUGAAUUUCAUGACACCCCCCCCCCCACCUGUUUAACUAUAUUUUUAAUUUUAAUAUCAUUCUUUGCCUUAAAAUAACAACCAGUGUUUAAAAGGCACAAUUUAGAUACGUUUACUUGAUUUAAAAAGAUUAUUGAUAGCAAUGUCGUGGCUCACACUGGCAAAUGGAACGUGACACCUAUUUUGAUAUUGCUGAUCUGAUUUUCCCCAUCUUUUGGUAAAAAUAACAGUGGCUGUGGUUGAGUUCUAACUUUUAAUAUCUUAAAUUAGGGACAUUUUAAUGGAACAUAUUUGAAUUAAAUUAAAUCCAAUCUCAAUGUUCACAUUCAACUAACCAGCAUCUUGCCUGCCAUGGAUACCGGAGAAGGGAACUGUCGGAGCCAGUGGUGACUUGGCCCCCCUGGCCCAUAUGGCGCUCGGGAUGAUGGGGGAGGGGAAAAUGUGGAGUCCCAAAAGUGGAUGGGCGGAGGCAAAGUUUGUAAGUUUAACAUUUGACCUUCACUCUAGAAUGAUACAAACGGGGGUCAGAGUUCUAAAAGUCAUAAACGAAAAAAUUAUGGCCCGCCCUUUGAAAUGAUUUUUCAAAAUCCUUCUCAUCCUUAUACUUCACUGCGAACAUCUACUUUAGCGGUGGAAUAAAACAACUAUCUAUUUAAAGGUAGAAAACGCCUAAGACAACACCAAUGAAAACACCAAUGAAAACACCAAUGAAAACACCAAUGAAAACACCAAUGAAAACACCAAUGAAAACACCAAUGAAAACACCAAUGAAAACACCUAAGACGACACCAAUGAAAACACCUAAGACAACACCAAUUAAAACACCUAAGACAACACCAAUGUAAACACCAAUGAAGACACCAAUGAAAACACCGAUGAAAAAACCCAUGGAAACACCAAUGAAAACACCAAUGAAAACACCUAAUGAAAACACCCAUGAAAACAAAAUGAAUACACCCAUGAAAACACCCAUGAAAACAACCAUGAAAACACCCAUGAAAACAUCCAUGAAACACCCAUGAAAACAAAAUGAAAACACCCAUGAAAACACCCAUGAAAACAAAAUGAUAACACCAAUGAUAACACCAAUGAUAACACAAAUGAAAACACCAAUGAAAACACCAAUGAAUUUCUGUAGAAGUCAACCUGUUAUUAAACCAAAACAAACUAACUUUCGUGCACAUGUUGGGCUCAAGAAUUUUUUUACGUUAAAAAGAUUUACUGUGCUGUACAUAACAAUAAGAUGGUAUGGGUGUUGCAUUGAUUAAUAUGCAUUUUAAAUGCUUAAUUUGAUUUUUAUUUUCGUCCUCUAUGCCACUAAAUCAUAGUUGUGCUGUCUACUUUGAUAUUUAAAAAGCCAACCAAUCCUAUAAUAAAAUUAACUUUCCCAGGUCUUAGAAUCCCAUGACUUGACUCCGAUCAAGCUCAAACCCAAAGAGGUAAGUCUGUCGGAGUGUCUGUCUUUUUUUCUGUUGUGUUCCGCUUGGACAGUCAAGAUCUCUACGGCACAAAAAAAUAGUUGAAAGAAUAAUUCGAUGUACAACAACGUUUACUUAUAUAAAGUCUAUAUUCAACAGCUGUUGUAAUAAAUCUGUGGGAAAAGUUCAACUGACCUCGUGUACUUAUAUUUUUAUGACGUGUUUUUAAGAUGCAAAGUUUAUUUUAAAAAAAUAACAUAUAAACUUUAGAAGAUUUAGAAACAAGGGACUGUGCCGUUGGAACAUUACAAGAUGAGUUUGCCAACACUAUCGUUCAAUGCACAGAUUUUUUAGUCAGACUUCUUUAAUUCAAGUCAGAUUUCAGAUCUUCAGAAGGAUUCCAAGUUAAAUUCAAGGCUUGAUCAAUAUGUGAAAUAAUUCAUGAUGCGGAAAUUGUUUACAUGAAUAAUUGAUCAAGAGAAUGUUUCCCUAUGUUUAUUUUAAGUCUUUAUCUUGUUUCGCUAAGUGACUCUUACUUUCAAAUUCCCAACCAAAAUUGUUACUUUAAAAACUAUCGUUAAUUCACGUAUCCACCAGGGUCUUGCUCUGAUCAAUGGAACACAGCUGAUUACUUCCCUUGGCUGUGAAGGUAAGGCGGGGGAAAAAAAAUGAAACUUGGUCUCAGUUUAUGACGUAAGGUCUCAGUUUAUGACGUAAGGUCUCAGUUUAUGACGUAAGGUCUCAGUUUAUGACGUAAGGUCUCAGUUUAUGACGUAAGGUCUCAGUUUAUGACGUAAGGUCUCAGGUCUCAGUUUAUGACGUAAGGUCUCAGUUUAUGACGUAAGGUCUCAGUUUAUGACGUAAGGUCUCAGUUUAUGACGUAAGGUCUCAGUUUAUGACGUAAGGUCUCAGUUUAUGACGUAAGGUCUCAUUUUUAAACGGCUUAUCAUUUGUGAAAAGAUAAGUCACUGAAACACAUGUUUGAAAUAGAACACUCAUCUGUAGAUCUAUACUGAUGCUUAAUUCAUCAACAGCAUAGUGAUAUAAAUUAUAUUCACCGAUUAAAAUGAAAGAAACAUGUGAUGCUGUUUCAUUCUAGUUAUAAUAAAACAAAAUGCCCACAUUGUUUGCCAAAUUCUAUUUUACAAACAUUUUCGAAUUCAUUUGUCCCUUUUAAAUUGUAUUUUCAUGCGUAUCCCGACAUUUGUACGAAAGAAGUUGUACGAAAGAAGUUGUACGAAAGAAGUUGUACGAAAGAAAUUGUAUGAAAGAAGUUGGUCCAAAGUAAAACUGUUGGACGGAAGCUCGUGCCAAGAUAAAUAUCGAAACGGACGUUUCCAACUAAUCUCCGUUCAAUCGAUCGUUCCAACACGUCUCUUUCGUCCCCAUUUCUGGUAACCUAUGUCACGUGAUGUCGCAGCUCUGGAGCGGGCGGAGGCCAUAGCUAGACAAGCAGACGUUGUUGCAGCCUUCACCCUUGAAGUCUUGAAGGGCACCACGCGUGCCUUCGACAGCAGUAAGUUGUUGAAUGUCAGGCUAGUCAAAAUGUCAGUCUAGUCAAAAUGUCAGUCUAGUCAAAAUGUCAGUCUAGUCAAAAUGUCAGUCUAGUCAAAAUGUCAGUCUAGUCAAAUAUCAGUCUAUUCAAAAUGUCAGUCUAGUCAAAAUGUCAGUCUAUUCAAAAUGUCAGUCUAGUCAAAAUGUCAGUCUAGUCAAAAUGUCAGUCUAGUCAAAAUGUCAGUCUGGUCAAAAUGUCAGUCUAGUCAAAAUGUCAGUCUAGUCAAAUGUCAGUCUAUUCAAAAUGUCAGUCUAGUCAAAAUGUCAGUCUAUUCAAAAUGUCAGUCUAGUCAAAAUGUCAGUCUACUCAAAAUGUCAGUCUAGUCAAAAUGACACUUCUUUGGGAGUGUGUAAUUUUUAAGAUGUGAUGUCAUAGUCUCAAAAAACAAAAAAGAGAGAGGCUUAAAGGAACUAGUGUUGGAGAACAAAUUUUGGAAUUCUAAGAAUAACGGAUUUGUCUGACUAAAAAUUACAUUUUAAAGAGAAAAGUACAAAAUAUAAUGUUCGUAUGUAAUAAACAGUGCAAAAAAGAUUUUGGAAAAAAAAAAAUCUAAUUUAGAAAUAGUCCAGUAGUCAACUGCAUCCUUUUAAAAGUACUGAACAUUCAAAUAUUCUUUGAAAUUCUAGAGAUUUUAAAUAUUUAUUCUUUGCCAUACGGUCAUAAAAACACAAGUUUCCUUUAAAAAGCGAUAAAUUAUUUCACCAGAGGUACACGAAGUCCGCCCCCAUAAAGGUCAAAUCCUGGUGGCCAGCCGACUGCGAGCACUUCUGCAUUCUGAUACCUACCCGAGCGAGGUGUCGGGUGAGUGCACUGGUACACCUUUACUGGUUUACAAUACCUAAAUUGUCACCGUACGAAUACAUAAAUACUUUUAACGUGAACGUUUCAACAUUAUAAACGUAACGUUAUGUAAUGGUAUCAAAUAGUAUUGGUAUAUAAUAGUUUGUGAGGUAUACAUCUGGUAGGUGAAGUUAUCUAUCAUUAAUGUACUAUUUUUGCGUUAGCUUCCACUGAGACAGUGAAAGUAUCAAUCACUAAUGUUGAAUUCUUGUGUUACAUUCCACUCAGAGAGUCACAGAUUCUGUAACAGAGUGCAGGACGCCUACACACUUCGCUGCUGCCCACAGGUGAAGGGACACAACCCAUGUUUUAGACUGAGUAGAAAUAGUUCUUUAUGCUAUGGAAUCUAUUUAAGUGACAUUAAGCUUAGAGUGAUGGACUGUGAUAAAGCGUUCAACUAGAUUGAGGCAAAAUUUGUUUAAAUAAAAUAAUAUAAGUUCAGUUUUAAUAAUGAAUUAUACAGAAUACAAAUUUCAACUUAUCGGAAAAUGCCUUCAUCACUACAACAACAAAAAGAACUAACAAAAAAAAAAACAUUCAUAUAAACCAAAAAAGCUGCCUUGAAAAUACCGAUGCACCUGCUUCUGUCUCUGUGAAUAUCUAUUAUAAAUUUAAAGUUUAUUUGAUCCUGUUACGCAGAUAACAACGAUUUGCCUAAUGCACAAUAUAUUCAUUGAUAAAACUCGCUCACUCGUCACGUCACACUGGUUGUAUUUGGUGACAUUUAAUAAAGCGGUUAGAGAGUUUGGUACACAAGACAACAGGAGUAGAACGCUUAUCUUGGGCGUAUUUAUAAAAUAUUCACACAAUCAAGUGCAAAUUAGCAAGGAAAAUGUAACAAAAAAUAUUGGUCAUAAAAAAAUUCACGUAAAAUGGAAAUAGAAAAGAUGUGAUUUCAAAUAAGUUUCUGUCUUUUCAAUUACGCAUACAUUUUACUUUUUUUUUUUAAAAGGGAAACUGUUAAAGCGAAUGUCAUUAUUUGUUUUAAAAAUACUUUUAAAAUAAAUAAGGAACAAUCCAUAAAUUAUAUAGGGAAAAAAAACAAAAUAUUCCUCACAUUUUCUUAUACCUCGUCCUAUUUUGCAUCGGUAAUUAUUUUUAGAACCCCCACCCCACUCCCAUGUGAACGUAAAAUUUAGACUUUUCAACCCAAGCCACUUGUUUCAAUACAGAUCAAUAAGACGUACAUGCAGUGACGUAGCUAGGGUCAGUGCCUCCGUAGCCCACUUCAUACGCCACCGCGUACAAAACAGUCACUCGAUGUCGACGUUAACCGUGUCAAAAAAUUAUGUCACCGUCUGUUUGAGAAACAAAGCAACAAACGACGUCACACUCACGCACACGGUCACAUUCAAGUGGACUACGGUUGUCAUUAUGCUAUUUGAUACCAUUGCGAUUUCUGGCCAGUUUUUUUGUGAAAACACAAACCAGCAAUGUGACGUCACGUACGAAACAUUGCCGUGACUUUUUUUUCUCUGUAAGCCAAGGGUCUCAAACUCGUGGCCCGUGGGCCAUUUGCGGCCCACAAGACGAUAUUUUGCGGCCCGCUACAUGACAGCAAAAUUUAGUGUUAAUGCGGCCCGCGCGUUUUCCCCAUUCUCAUAUCUAUAAUGUGACCCCUCCCCCCCCCCAAGACGGCUUCAUUCGAAUCUCACAGACUAAUCUAAUUCUAAUUUUGUUAUGUUUGUAUAGAUUUUGACGUUGAUUAUAAUGCAAAAAAAUCGUUUUAAAAUCGGACUAAAAGAUUUUAUUUUAUAGCAUUUUAUGAGACAAACAUGGCCAAAGUGCGGAUUUGAGAACAUUUUAAAAAGUCAUUUAGUGGGUAAUGCACAACCAUAACUGUGUAAAUCACAGCGAUCGGACACAGUAUCAAAGAAGCCAUAUUAAAUUUACCGCUGGUGUUUACGUGUGAGUGAAAUUCCGAGCCUUUCAGCUUGGUCACUUUCAAAUUAGGGUUAGUCAAAAAAAUGCCUUUUCUACAAUAAAAAAUCAAAAUUCAUUCUCCCCGCAAUAGCAUCAAUAAUUCAUAAAUAUUGCCUGCUCCUGCCUACUGAUUUAACACGUUUUAACAUUUCAAGCCUUCUUGGAGAAAGAUGCGAAGGGUUGUUCCUGUACUAAGUGAUCCCAAAAGGCUCAUGGACUUUUUCUUGUUAACAUUACACAGGAAUGCACUCAAAAAAAAGUUAUAAGACCAGGGGUGGCUUGUCAGUGUGGCCUAUGACAAUGUCUGGGAAUUCUGCCCACAAUUUGUGCUAUGAUACCUCUGCCAUUUCCAACCAUGCAAAGUACUCAUGGACUCGGGCACAUCAUUCAUUAAUAAGUAUACUGAUGCAAUUGCAAAGAUACAUAAUUUGUACUGACCCUUUCACUUUUAAUGUGGAAGAUGCCCCCCAUCCGUGUGCUUCAAAUGGAUCUGAUUGAUCUUCAGUCCAAUAUAAAUCAGGGAGGUGAAUGAAAAAACAGAAAAGCAUGGUCAAUUUAUGACAGCAUUGCCCUCCACCUUCCCUGAGAUUUCCAGGUUGUUCAAGCGGAUAAGUGCCUUCUUUGGGAGAACCUAUCUGUGUGAAAACCUCUUUUCCACAAUGGACUUUAACAAGUCAAAGUUCAUGGCCAAACUUACUGAUGAGCAUCUUUAAGCUAUACUGAGGGUCUCAGUUGCUUCCUCACUCAAGCCAAAUGUUGCUCAGCUGUUAUAGAAGAAUUGCUGCAAGGUCUCUUGCAACAAGAAGUAGGAGAAAGAAAGUGAAGCCAAGUUCUUCAGAACCCUUUAUGCUUUUAUUUGCGAUAAUAAAGGAUGAGCAGAUUGUAACAGUUGUACUUUAUUGAAUUUGUAAUCGCAUCGCUUUUUUAUGGGGUGGGGGUAAUACUUGAUGCGGCCCAGUCUCACUUAGACUCUUCCUCCUGCGACCCCCAUAUGAUUUGUGUUUGAGACCCCUGCUUUAAGCCUUCUACAAUAAUUUGAUAUGAUUUAAAUGUGUUUUAGUUUUAUAUGGCAGCCUCCCGUUUCCGCGAGACGUUGGGGUAGCUAUGUACACUUUGACGAAUGGCUCACUGGGCCAAUCAUGGACUUGCUGGUGUAGCUAUGUACACUUUGACGACUGGCUCACUGGGCCAAUCAUGGACUUGCGGUCUCUGUUGCAUUUCUCGCAUGAGAAUAUUGACUCCAGGGUAUAUUUGGCCUUCCGUAUUGUUAUUUGUGUUGUAAGGGCUUCAUUUAACGCAUAUUCUGCCUUUUUUGGCUCCUUCAUACACUGCUGUUCACCAGCUUUAACGUUGUUAAGCAAUUAUCUCCCAUUCUUUGAUUUCAAUUUUGGCUUCUUUCGUGCUCUUUUGACUACGUCCAUAAAUCUCAGGCGUGGCCGUCCAGUAAGUCUUGUCCCUUCUGCCAACUCUCCAUACAGGAGUUUCUUUGGAAUACGGCCUUGCUCCAUUCUCCUUACAUGGUCUAACCAUAAUAUAUAGCAUAAUAAUUUAUAUAAUGGAAUGUUAGAGUUUCCUGAUAAUUAUUACAUAAAUAUACAUUUUCCGAGACACCUCCACAUACACUCACAUGCACACAUAAGUUCCUUUAUCAACAAUCCCCCACUAAGUGCUUCCGUCAUGUAUGAUCGGCCCAUAAGGGGGGUUCUUCAAAUGAUUCAAAUAUUGUUUUCCUUGUACAGGUGCACGGCAUUGUCAACGACACUUUGCAGUUUGUGAGGAAUGUCCUGACGACAGAGAUCAACAGUGCCACCGACAACCCGGUAUCCUUGUCCACUCUAAGUGUGGUAUAUCCGGUCUGUAAGGGGAUCCGUCAAUAACAUGCGUGACCUACUUCAUUCCUGACCAAUAGCUUUCAUUGUCUAUGAAAUUCCUGGUUUACAACAUUCAUGGCCUAUAAUAUUCCUGGCCUAUAACAUUCAUGGCCUAUAACAUUCAUGGCCUAUAACAUUCAUGGCCUAUAACAUUCAUGGCCUAUAACAUUCAUGGCCUAUAACAUUCAUGGCCUAUAAUAUUCCUGGCCUAUAACAUUCAUGGCCUAUAACAUUCAUGGCCUAUAAUAUUCCUGGCCUAUAACAUUCAUGGCCUAUAACAUUCAUGACCUAUAACAUUCAUGGCCUAUAACAUUCAUGGCCUAUAACAUUCAUGGCCUAUAACAUUCAUGGCCUAUAAUAUUCCUGGCCUAUAACAUUCAUGGCCUAUAAUAUUCCUGGCCUAAAACAUUCAUGGUCUAUAAUAUUCCUGGCCUAUAACAUUCAUGGCCUAUAACAUUCAUGACCUAUAAUAUUCCUGGCCUAUAACAUUCAUGGCCUAUAACAUUCAUGACCUAUAACAUUAAUGGCCUAUAACAUUCAUGGCCUAUAACAUUCAUGGCCUAUAACAUUCAUGGCCUAUAACAUUCAUGGCCUAUAAUAUUCCUGGCCUAUAACAUUCAUGGCCUAUAAUAUUCCUGGCCUAUAACAUUCAUGGCCUAUAAUAUUCCUGGCCUAUAACAUUCAUGACCUAUAAUAUUCCUGGCCUAUAACAUUCAUGGCCUAUAAUAUUCCUGGCCUAAAACAUUCAUGGCCUAUAAUAUUCCUGGCCUAUAACAUUCAUGGCCUAUAAUAUUCCUGGCCUAUAACAUUCAUGGCCUAUAAUAUUCCUGGCCUAUAACAUUCAUGGCCUAUAAUAUUCCUGGUCUAUAACAUUCAUGGCCUAUAAUAUUCCUGGCCUAUAACAUUCAUGGCCUAUAAUAUUCCUGGCCUAUAACAUUCAUGGCCUAUAAUAUUCCUGGUCUAUAACAUUCAUGGCCUAUAAUAUUCCUGGCCUAUAACAUUCAUGGCCUAUAAUAUUCCUGGCCUAUAACAUUCAUGGCCUAUAAUAUUCCUGGUCUAUAACAUUCAUGGCCUAUAAUAUUCCUGGUCUAUAACAUUCAUGGCCUAUAAUAUUCCUGGCCUAUAACAUUCAUGGCCUAUAAUAUUCCUUGCCUAUAACAUUCAUGGCCUAUAAUAUUCAUGGCCUAUAACAUUCCUUGCUUAUAAUAUUCCUGGUCUAUAAGAUUCCUGGUCUAUAAGAUUCCUCGUCUGUAACAUUCCUGGUCUAUAACAUAACAUUCCUGGACUAUAACACUCCUGGCACUUAGCAAUUCAUGAUCUGAUUAUCCAGUAGAGUAAGUUUCUGUAUAAUCAGCUUAACUCAAACAAGAUGGUCUUUGCUGAGAAUGGAGAGAUUGUGUCUGCUGGGAAUUUUCAUGGAGAAUAUCCGGCCAAGGUUAGUACACUAUCCAGCCAUGGUCAGUACACUAUCCGGCAAAGGUUAGUAUAAUAUACUGGCAAGGUCAUAGUUUGUUUAUGUUACCCGCAGUAGAGGCAUACUACCAGUUCUUAAAUUUAUACAAGCUUAGUAAACAGGUUGCUGGAUUAUUAGGGGAAAAAAUGAAUUUAAUAUGGAACUCCCAUUUAGUUCACAUGACAUGUCUUUAUAGUACAGGUUCAUGGAAGUUUGGGAUGCCACCACUGGUUACUGGGCUCAUCUGAGACACCACAGUACUUCCAUUAAAAAUUAACAAAUUAGUGAACUAAGAAUCCUCUAAUUCAAUCCGUCCUCUUUCUGUCGCUCCUGUUCCUGAAAUUAUUUACUUACAAAUCAUUUGGCGUUGAAAGUAUAAGACUAAUGAUUAUGUUAUUCCAAAGAAAUCAUCAAUAAUGAAUAAGAGUCCAAAGUUAUCAAUAUGUCCCCCUCCAAAUGACUUUUACAGGCCUUGGACUACUUAGCUAUUGGAAUUCACGAACUGGCCAGCAUGAGUGAGAGAAGGAUCGAAAGAUUGGUCAAUCCGGGUAGGUUGGCUCACUAGAAACCCAAUGAAUUACGCCACUGUGUAAGACUAGAAUGAAGCACAUAGUAGUUGAUUUGAGUGACCUAGUAGAACAAGGUGUGUUGAAGCUUGAAUCAAAAGACAGGACAAUAGGAUGUGAACGUUUCGACACAGACCCUUCUUCAGCACACAGGACAAAUGAAAAUACGACGAGAAACAGUGCGCAGUAAAAAAAAAAAAUCUUUUUAGAUCACCUAUGUUGUUGCCGGAAGUAGGCUUUCAGAAAGUGAAAGAGUAUAAAUAUUAGUAUUGUGAUAAAUAAGGUCCAGAAUAUUAACGGACCAAAAUAUUUAGGGGUAAGAGAAAAGAAGAAAUUCAGGAAAAUUAGGAAAAAUUACUUAGAGAAUAUUUGAUUAAUACCAUAUGGUGAAAUGGUGCCGAAAAGCUGAAUAAACUUGUUUCAUUUUAACUCUCUCUGGUGUGUUAGUGCAGGAAAUCAGUGCAGUGAUGGAUACAUCUAAUGCACCUUUGUGUUCAUCUUGAAAUGUGCAAAGACUGGAGAAAUUUUACCCUGUUCAAUAGUUGCUUUGAGUCCGCCUAUACGCAAUGUAACACCAGUAUUAACUAUAUCAUUCAAUCAUUCCACAUAUCAGUUCUUUCGCAAAUUAAAUAUAUUAUUAACUUUUUAAAUCAUAAAAUCGCAUGUAAAACAAUAAUUAUCCCAUCUUGUUUCGUAUAGCUCUGAGUGAGUUACCGGCCUUCCUGACCAAUGAAGGUGGCCUUAACUCUGGCUUCAUGAUAGCUCACUGCACUGCAGCAGCGUUGGGUAAGUGACGUAAGGACAUGCGAUAUGUGUUACCACUGACGACAAGAGCCUCAUUUUGUAUCGGGGGUGAAAUCUUUAAGAAGGGUGAACUUUUCAAACAGGAGAGAUAUGAAUAGAACACAUUUGUUGACUUAAUAUUGCACUAGCCAUAUCGUUGAAUAAUGUCUGGACUCUACUCAUUUUUCCUCGUCCCGGUGAGAGAUGCCAAGGCAACUCUCACGAGAUGUUUCAAGGGAGGCCAGGGCGGCGGGAGCGCCCUACGUGAAGACAAUGUUAUAUGGCACAGCUCAACAGGUGGAGCUGCUUGCCAAUGUACUAGUUCUAGCCGGGGUUGUAAGAGAAUCUCAAAACCUCAACAGAAUAUGUGUGUUAGUUGGCUUAAUGUUGACUACAGAAGUUAGCGUUAGCUACAGAGGUUAAGGUUAGCUACAGAAGUUUUGGUUAACUACAGAAGUUAAGGUUAGCUACAGAAGUUAAGAUUAGUUACAUAAUUUAAGGUUAGCUACAGAAGUUAAGGUUAGCUACAGAAGUUAAGAGUAGCCACAGAAGUUAAGAUCGGUGCAAAACUAAUUCAAGGCUGCAUUACUACAUGCCAGUUAGGAUUGGCAAUACAUGGAGUUUAAAAACUCUGGCAAGUAAAACAAAAACAAAGAAAACAACUUAUCAUUAGCAGAAAACUUUUUGUAACCUUAGAGUGACGCCCCUUCCUGACAACUGUUUGAAAGAAUUAUCAGCGAAUUAUAAAGCAAAUGGUCACGUUAUUUAGAAAUGGACCAGAAUUAAAAUGUGAUGGCCGAUUGUUUCCUUCAUCUAGUGUCUGAGAAUAAAGUGCUGUGCCACCCAGCCUCAGUCGACUCGUUGACCACCAGUGGAGGCACAGAAGAUCACGUGUCUAUGGGAGGAUUUGCAGCCAGGAAGUCUCUUAGAGUGGUGGAGCAUGUGGAGCAGGGUGAGUGCUGAUUACUCUGGGUUGUUGAGAAUAGGUCUGACGAUAUGAGGUCUGUCUAAGUGAUGAAGCAUAGGUCUAGCCAUAAGAAGUUUAUCUUAGUGGUGAAGCAUAGGUCUAACGACAUUAGGUCUGUGUAAGUGAUGGAGCCUAGGUCUAGCCAUAGGAAGUCUGUCUGAGGGGUGGAACAUAGAAAGAUAUAGCCAUAGGAUGUACGUCUGAAUGAUGGAGCAUAGAUAGAUCUAGCCUUAAGCCGUGUUUCUAAGUGGUGCAUAGAAAGAUUUAGUCAUAGGGAGCUUGUCUGUGUGGCAGAUCAUAAAUCUAACUAUAGGGAAGAAGUCUAUCCGACUUGUAGAGCAAAAAUCUAUCCGUAGAAAGGUAGUCUGAGUUUUAGAGCAAAGGUCUAGCCGUAGGAAUUCUGUCUGAGUGCUAGAGCACAGCUCGUGUGUAGAGGCUGACCUCCCAUGGGGCACCUCAUCAGCGGAAAUAAAAAUGUUAUUGUACAGUUUGAUUAUUACAAAUUCGUUCAUUAAACAAAUGAGUCUUUAGACUGAUAUUUCACAUAGCUCACCCUUCACAAAAAAGGCAGUUAAUCUUUUAUUUUUAUGGGGUUAUAUUUUCUUAUUGAUGUUUAUAAAACUUUCCAGGAAAUAUAUACAAAUUUGUCCCAUGUACGGUGAGAACAUCUCGUAACAAUUGGUCAGGGUUAGGGUUAAUACAAAGGGUUAUAUAAUUGCAUUAACAUAAUGUUUCGUCAUUGACAGUUGUAUGAAAAUUAUUACGCUAAUCAGAAACAUAUGUUCAAGCUGUUCACCCUCCUCCACCCUCCCCCCCCACCCAACGACUUUUUGUAAGCGUUGACGCCUCGUUUAUGCUUCUAACUAUAAAACGACGCUAUGAAAUUUUUGGGCCAACCUGUAUAUACAUAUAUAUAUAUAUAUAUAUACAAAUAGAGAGAGAGAGAGAGAGAGAGAGAGAGAGAGAGAGAGAGAGAGAGAGAGAGUUGGAUAAAUAUGUAGAUGUAGUUUAUUUUCAAAUAAAAAAUUAUUAGCUUUCCAGUGUUAAAUUUAAAGUAUAUAUAAUUGGAUCCCCAAGGACGAGAUUUAAUUGAAAUAUUUAAUAUUAAGGAAUACUUUCGAAAAGAGAAUUUCUUUUCAAUAGCAGAUAUUCCCAACAAAAUGUCUAUAAUCAUAAUUUCUGAUACAAUAUGGUUCAUGCUAUUGGGCAUACAUUUUAUGACUUAACACUGAUUUACUGUAAUGCCAGUUCUUGGAAUUGAGCUUCUGGCCGCUUGCCAGGCAAUGGAGUUCCUGAGACCUCUGAAGACAACGGCCCCACUGGAAGAGGUGUACAAGGCUGUCCGCGAGGUCGCCAAGUAGGUUCACCUAAGCAGUCAAAUCCUCAAUGUACUGACACAGUUGUGGUCUUGAGUGCGUGUGAGUGGCCUGCACAAUCGAUGUCUGUGGUUGGAAAGUGUAUUAAUAAUCGUAUGUGUCGGCAUAAUGGCUACAGCCAUUGUAGCAAGUAUAAAAGACGUAGUUCAUGUGAAUGUUCUUGGUUCGGUAGAAAAUGAGACUGUGGCGAGCAGACCUUCACAUCUGUAGGUCCAGUCGCUUUAAGAAAAACAAAAACAAAACCAUUUAUCUUUGUUAAUACUUGGCAAUCAAUGAGUAAUUUAUUUGGAUGAUAUCAGUUUUCUAUAAGCACAUAGCACGCACAUUAAGUGUCAUAUCUUUUGCUUAGGCCCUGGUUAAAAGACCGCUUUAUGGCCCCUGACAUCGACGCUGUUACCAAACUGCUCCAAGAAGAGAAGGUAAGUAACAUGACAGAGUUAACGGGGUUUUUUUUUGUUUUGUUUGGGUUUUUUUUUCCAAAAAGAUUUGAUUAAAUUGCAAAUAAUAUGGGGAGGGUCUCUUAAAAAAUAAAACUAGAAACACGGGAUUGAAAUAAACUGUGCAAAAGCCUUUACUAAUCACCCAACGUAUCGACAAAAAGCCUUCUUCGGCGAACAAGACAAUACGAAUAGCGAAUAAUAAAACCGUAAAGUUUCAUAUGGGCGUUAACUGUGAUGAUUCACAUUACAUUAGACACAACUUUAAAAGCUUGUCUUAUAUGUUUUUCAAGUUUUUUUUUAUUCAGGUUUUUUCAAGUUUUUCUCUUAUCCUGAGUAUUUAUUGCUGUAUUGGUCCAAUAUUUUUUUUAAUUACGGUACGACCUCUUGGACAAACUAAAUGUUAUUAAUUUAUUUCACCAUUCAAAUUGAUUUCAUUUCUCUUCUUAACCUUUAUCUGUUCUAGAUUUGGGUGAAAGUUAAGCCCAUGAUAGACCAUUAUCAUUCGGUCCAAUCGAUCGAAACACGAGUGUUCUCACCGACGUCAAGCAUGCGCGAGACGCCAAGCAACGGAUCAGCCCCUAAGCGCCGUCGCCUGGGCAGGACCGUCUCCAACUCCAGCUUCCGUUAGGUGGCCAUGAGUUGGUCCUGUGGCCAUGAGUUGGUCCUGUGGCCAUGGGUUGGUCCUGUGGCAGCUUGUUCAGCUACCUGCAGACGAGGGGGGUCUUUAAACUGUCAACAACUUCAUUACUUUAAUUAUUUCAUUUAAACAAUUGAUAUUGUUUAGUAUGCGUUAAUUUGUUACGUACAGUAACUUUACAUAUAUUAUGGGUACAAGACAUUUAUGGUAACACUUUUGAUCUUUCUAUGAUGCAUACAACACUUGUGAUUUAAAUACUUGUGAUUUAAAAACAUGGUAUGUAAACAUGUGUGAUUUAAACACUUCUCAUUUAAACACUUUUGAUUAAAACACGUAUGAUUUUAAACACUUGGGAUCCGCUGAAGAUCCAAGCAAAUGUAAUGUUAAUGUUGAAUGAUAAAACAUGGCUAUGUCUAAUCGAUGCCCUUAUAUUGCAAUUUUGUUUUUUAAAUAUCACUAUCUCUCAGUUUACUAGCACAAUUUUCGUCAUAUUCAUAACAGCUUUAACACACAUUACAGCUUUAUCGACAAAUCAGUGUAGUAGCGUAUCUGUACCAGAUAUUGUAAACACUAGGAAACAAAUUUUUAACAAUGCAAAUAUUUUUUUAAUAAUAUUUGAAUAUAUGAGAAAAGAAACUGAUUCGGUUUGACUGAACGCAACAAAAGUUGUUUUUAUUAUCUUUCCUUAACCCAUGGCAGCCAAAAUUCAUCGCAAAAGAAGCCAGAAUGUCUGACUGGUUCUCUGCUUCAUACCAUGCUGGAGACUCCAGUCCGGGCACAGCUCUGUCGACACAAUUAGGCGUGUGCGUGCGACUAGGAGCGUGGCAUCUUGUACACAACUUGAUGUCGUCUGCUGCUCACAUUUUCUUCUUUCUUUUUCUCUCUCACGUCAUCACAUCCGAUCCCCACCCGUUAGCGUCAAGGCGUAAACCAUUUGAUAUGACGCUCUUGUGUCUUAGAGAGUGUUUACACAAUCGUGCUAUUUUUCUUGGAUAUUCUCCAUACAUGGUACAGUCCUUCUUGGAUAUUCUCCAUACAUGGUACAGUCCUUCUUGGAUAUUCUCCAUACAUGGUAAGUCCUUCUUGGAUAUUCUCCAUACAUGGUACAGUCCUUCUUGGAUAUUCUCCAUACAUGGUACAGUCCUUCUUGGAUAUUCUCCAUACAUUGUAC